AUGGGGCAGGCUGCAAGCAUGUCUCACUGGAAAGAAAAGAAUAUUACUGAGCUCUACGAAUGGUCCAGAAUGUUUAUUCAUGAAUGCCCAAGUGGACUCAUUACUCUCCACGAGUUUCAAAGGCAUUUCUGUAAUGUAACAGUGGGCAUGCAGUCAGCUGAGUAUGCAGAAGAGAUAUUCCGCACACUGGACAAAAAUGAGGAUGGGUUAGUAGAUUUCAGGGAGUACGUCAUGGCCAUCAGUAUGCUCGUUGAAGGCUCGGCAGUGGAGAGGCUGCGUUGGUCCUUCAAGCUAUUUGACAAAGAUGGAGAUGGUGCCAUCAAAAGGGAGGAGAUGCUGGGCAUUAUGCAGGCUGUUUAUAAAAUGAAUGAAGCAGUGGAUUUAAAUGAACCGAACUCCCUAACAGCUGAAGAAUGCACUGACCAGCUAUUUUUGAGAUUAGACAAAGACAAAAAUGCCGUCAUCAGCGUGGAGGAGUUCAUAGAGGGAGCGUUGGAUGAUGACUGGAUCAGAAAGAUGCUGGAAUGUGAUCCCUGCACCGUGAGGGUAGAGAGGGCCCCGAAGAGGGACUUGGCAAUGGGAGUCUAGGAUUGAUUGAAACUUCUUGUGUCAAUUCUUGAUUCAAACUUCUUGAUCGAAAUCUCUAGAAAAAAGUUUCUUUCACAUUAUUAAGCUUAGUAUAAAGCUAUAAAUGAGACAGCUGAGGCAGUGAUGCCUGCGUACAUUUCUGUGU